ACUGCUUAUUCCCCCGAUAUUGUUCUCCCUUUUCUAUUUUAGUUCCUGGGUAGCCGGAAGGUUAUUAUUGUUGGCCACGUCCUCCAUUCUUCUCUUAUCUUUGAGGCCGGAGGGAGCAGACAUCAUGGUGGCCGCUGCCCUUGGGAUGCAUCCUCUGCUCCUCGCCGGAGCACAAUUGAUGACCGGAGACAGCCAAGUGUAUGCUUCAAAUCUCAAGUUUGUUAAGUUCAAUUCAUCUAGACAAAGAAAGUUGAAAUUUACUAGAGUAUUUUCUCGUAAGACAUAUGGAUCAGAGAUAUUGUUUAGCUCUGAAUUGACUCAGAAAAGGAAUGAGUCAUCACUUGCGAGUUUCUUAAAGAUGAAUGGGAGACUAUCAAAUUCACUUGUGGGAUGUAGCUCAAAUUCUGGAAAGAGUGACUCAGAAAUUUCUGAUUUGAACCACAAUGAAUUGAAGAAAGUCCAUCCUGAUUCACUAGGAGUGGAAUCCUUGCUCACAGCUAUAUGCGAUACCACUUCUAUCGCAGAAUUUAAAAUGGAUCUUGCAGGUUUUCAACUAUAUGUCAAAAGGAACUUGGUGGAGAAAAAUAUACCUCAAUUAGUUCCAGGAUACCCUUUGGUCCCGGCUAACGCAACUAAUCAAAUUCUAGACACAAAUGGUUCUGUUGCUACAACUUCCUUAGUAGUCUCAGAAACUAAAUCUACAAUCAGUAGCAAUCAGAGAAUAGUUGAUACAGCACCUGACGAAGGAUUAAUGAUCCUACCAUCACUACACGUCGGAGUUUUUAGAAGAUGCAGAACCAUUAAAGGAAAUAAAUUACCUCCCUCAUGUAAAGAGAACCAACAAGUCAAGGAAGGUCAAGUUCUUUGUUACAUUGAACAAAUUAGUGGGGAAACCCCGGUUUUGUCCAAUGUUUCUGGGGAAGUAGUGAGGAUAAUUAAAGAAGAUGGCGAUCCUGUAGGUUACGGUGAUCCUCUUUUAGCGAUUCUACCCUCCUUUCCUGGAAUCAUGAAGCUUCGGUAGUUUAUUGAGCAUUUGUAAUGUGUUAACGUGAUGUUGUAACUUGUAACAUGGAUGACAUAUUCAUAUUGCUACAUCUUCCAAUGUUUUAUGGUUUGCA